AAAAUCUACAGGGAAAUGGUGUCGCCUAUAAAUGAGUGCAGAGAGGUGAACACACACUUAUACCGAACAGUGCUGUACAAGUGACAUCAUAUAGUUCACAGAGUACCUACCACCUGACUUCCUGAAAUGAAUACGAUUCUAGUCUUACUCGCCGUGCUGUUUGCCUGUUUGACCGAAGGGAAACUGACCAAGGGAAGCCAUUGUUACGACGACAAUGACUUGCAAACCUACAAACACUUUGUUGGAAAACAUGCGUGGAAUAAUUACCCAUCAUUUUACAUGGUGAAGGAGCUAGAACAACUCGAGAGCGGCGGGAAUAGGCAAAGACAGCAAACGCGACACAGCUGCCCCAAUCUUGUUGCCAGCAGUAUUAAGCAGGUGACAGAGGAUCACAACAGUCGCUCUAUCUCCCCCUGGCGUUAUAGGAUUGAUGUGGACGAAAACAGGUUACCGAUGAAACUCGCCUUUGCUGAGUGCCUGUGCUCGGGGUGCAUUGACGUCAGGACUGGGAGAGAGACCGACGCUGUCAACUCUGUUAUAGUGAACCAGACCAUGAUGGUACUUCGCAGGAAGCAGUGCUCAGACCAGAAGACAUACGCUUUCCAAGUAGAAUAUAUCAAGGUCCCAGUGGCAUGCACCUGUGUGCUUCCAAAAAGCCAUUACUAAAUGUCUCUUGUAGAGGUAUUUGGAAUGAAACCCUCCUGGCUGUAGUGACAUGUAUCACGUACCUGAGAAGUUGUGUUUAUUUUAAAACACGCUUUACUGUAAUGGGUCACAUUAACCCAAAACCAUCGUAUAUUUUUACCCAGCCAUGUUUUUGUGACAACGUACUGUUUUUGCAGACACAGUGUAUUUAAGUUUAUAUUUAAAUGCCUGCUUAUAUUUAUUUCAUUUUAAUUAAAAUAAUGUAUAAUUUAGUUUGAAAUGCCAUAUUUUAAAAUGCCUAAACUACUAACUGUUGGAAGCAGUUUGUGUGAGGCGUUUGUGUUUUGUUGUUACUUUACUAUUUAAGUGUAUUAUUUAUUUAAUAUAUAUUUAUUUAUAUAUUUAUUAAUAAUAUUUAUUUUAUAUAUACUAUAUAUAUUUCAUACAUAGUAUAUUAUUUAUUUCAAUAUUUAUGGAACUGUCGUAAGAAGUAAUAUUGAUUCUGUUUUAUUUAUUUGAAAUAUUUUUUGUUAUUUAUUUGUUAAAAGCACAAAAUAGGCUCCUGUCUUGUGAAAAUAGUUAGAUUUAUUAAGUUCUCUACGGUCCUUCAGAGAAGGUCUGUUUAUUUUAAUGAAGUAAAGUGCAGUCGGAAGGCUGAACUUCGAAGGUGUUGUAAGCAGUUUACCACUGAUGAUAUUUUAGUAUAAAAUUGAACAUCGAAGUGGGACACUGUAGGUUUAAAUUAUUUAUUAAAUUAUUUAAAACAAAUCAUUAUUUAUUACAAAAUAUUUAUUUGAAUGCACUGCUUUGUAUUUAUUGUAUAAAGAAGAAGCGAUGAACAGCGCUCUUGUGGCUCAUAUCACACAACCGCUCUGAAAUUAUUUGCUUGCAAUUCUGAACGUUUGUUUGGCUUGUGAUGUAUUCUGCAUAUUUAAAUAAACUUGUUUUCUGAA